AUGUCUCAAGCAAUUUACGUAAGUACUGCGGUUGGGGUCGGCGUUGUUGGCGGAUUAUUUCUAUCAUAUCAUAUAUUUAAAAAGGGACAAAAUAAAACUAAAAUUCCCGAGCAAUGGAUCCCAGUGGGAACCUUAAAAAACUUAUUGGUGUAUCCUAUAAAGUCUUGCGCGCCGAUCGUACUGAACACAGCAGAAUGCUCUUCAUUGGGUUUGAAGGAUAAUUGGCUGAGGGACAGGUUCCUAAUGGUAACUGAUUCAAAUUAUCGUUUUCUAACGGCAAGAAAACAUCCCAAUCUUCUUCUUGUGCAUUCAUCGUUUGAGAAAUCUAUUUUAACAUUGAAACACAAAGAUAUGGAACCACUUAGAAUUAAUUUGGAUGAGGUUAUUGAAUUACAAAAGCCCCAAAGUGGUGUUGUUUGGGGUACCAAAGUUCCUAUUCGUGACUGCGGUUGGGCUGCAAGCGAUUGGUUUUCAAGAUUACUCGGUUCCACAGAAAACCAGAUGAAACUUGUUUUAUACGCUUCGAAAAAAAGUCGUAAACUAGCUCAAAGUCAUUUACAAAUUAUUUACAACUUUGGAAGUGAAGAUACGGGCGUCUUUACCGACGACACAACAUACAACUUAAUUAAUGAAGCGUCGGUAAACGACGUAAAGCAAAAAGUCCCAAACAGCGACAUAUCUAUUCGCAAUUUUAGACCCAACUUCGUGUUGACCGGAGCCAAGCCGUUUGAAGAAGAUAGUUGGAGAUUUGUUAAAAUUGGCAGUGUUGUUUUCGAAAUAAUUAUGCCCUGUUACAGAUGUGUGCUUACAACAAUUAAUCCAGAAACGGGUGUGCCUGAUACUAACUCAGAGCCAUUGGAAACUUUGCGAAGCUACCGCCUUCACGACGAUCCGCAAAUUCGUAAAUCAAUUGGUAAUUCACCUCGAAUGGGCGUGCAAAUGGCCCUUCGAUCCCCGCCUGGUGGAACCGUUAAUUUAAACGAUACCAUUUACAUUGCUUAG